AUGGCCAACUGGAGAGAGGAAUAUUUGGCGGCGCUGGCUGUUCGGGAUCAAAAGGAGAAGGCCAAUGUAGCGCUCUAUGAUGCCUACACUCGUCUUGCUGAUCGGACAGCUAGCCUUACGGCCCAAAUAGGCGCAGAAGACAAGCCUGUCGCGCAGCAAAGUCCUUCAACUCAUAAUGAAGCUGUUUCUUCAGCUGGCGCAUCGAAGAAGCAAACGGCGGAGCUCGGACCCUCUCCAACGGAUCUAUUGAAUGCUACCCGCGCAGACUUGAUUGAAGCACAACGCUCCCGAUCAGAAUUACAAGACAAAUUAAACCAAAUGACGACCGAGGUCGGGAAACUUCGGAAGAAAAGCACUAAGGAUGGUCAGCGAAUCAGCAUACUAGAAAGCGAGAGGUUACAGAUACAUUCACGUCUAAAGGAUAGGGAUGAGGAACUCAGAGGCAAAGCAAAACUGCUUGAGGACUUCCAAGACGAAAUGGCAACUUUAAAUCUUCAACUUAAUAUGGCCGAUGAAAAGUCGAAUAAGCUCCAGCGCGAGAAUCAGGAACUGGUUGACCGUUGGAUGACGAGGAUGGGCCUAGAGGCAGAUGCCAUGAACGACGCCUCCAAAUUUUCCUAA